UGCUUUGCAAGGUGGUCACGGAAAUAUGCUGGAUAUGGUCUGCAAUACUUUUUAGGAUUAGCUGUUUUUUCAAAAGUCGCGAGAAGCGCCUUCUAUGUAAUGGAAAAGAAGGCACCCACGUUAGGCGUGGGUGCGUUUCGGAGAAAGCCUCCAUCUGCAGGGUUUGCGACCCCGAAGAGUUUAAAUGGCGUCGCUGCUGCGGUAUCUGUUGCCGCUUUCGUGGUGCUGGCCGCCUUCGUGGCAUACCUUUUCCAUCGACGCAGAUCGAGGACUUCGGGUGCACGCUGGCGGCGAGGCAAAGGUGCUUCGCCACCUAUGCACCCCACGGUUGACGUGGAGAUGAUUGUGGAUGACGUGAGGCGCAGCAGCCGAACCGGGCCCGGCCGCUACCUACCUUGGCCCCUAAUAUUAAUACCCGGCUUUCAACAGCGAUCAGCAUUAUCGUUCAACAACACCCACGGGUCCUUGUUCGGCAUUGCCCUUGGUGGCCUCUGGAACAAAGCGGCCCCACAAACGAUGGAAUCCGCUGCAGAUGACUUAGCAGAGGCAGCAGCAUAUGAUUACGGACUGCCCAGCGGCACAGGACCGAAGUUCCACGCGACCACCGCCAGCGGCAAGUCCCUAGCUAUGGUGAUCAAGACUGCGACAGUAGCGGCCCCCCAGGAGGAGGACGACCAACCUCUGUUGCACCAGCAGCAACUUCAGCGGCAUACAGACGGGUUCCCCCAGCAUCACGAACAUGGACAGCCACGGCGAGGCUUGGAGUCGUCAUGGCAGCCACAACCUGAACUGUUAGCCGGUGCUGGUGGAGGCCGAGGUAGCAGCAGUACGGCACUUCUCGCAGGGGGGACUGCUGGUAGCCGCGGGCGGCGUCACGGUCGGAGCUGUUCUACAGGGGAUGCCCUCCUAGCCGCCUCGCAAAGUCGUCAAUGGCUGGGACCAGACCUGGUUUCCUCGGCUGCAACAACCAGUACGACAACACCAGCAGCGACUACCAGCAAUGGAGGUGUGGGAAACCUGGCGCCGCGCAUUGCCAUCUCGGCUGGCUCAACUGCGGUGCUAGCGACACCCUCGCGCUUGAAGAGCAGAAGCUCCAUGAGCGGUGGCGCUAGGGCGACCCCCAGCAUUCCGCUAGAUGCUGCUGCCUUUGCUGCUAGUAUGUCUGCCACAGGCAGCAGCAGCGGUGCUAGGGGUGCUGGCGAUUGGUCGCAUGGCACGGCCAUUGCGGAUCACGGUUUGACGGAGCCAGCAGCUCUUAGGUUUCUCAGUCCUUCGUCCUCAGGCGACAUGCAGCUGGGGGCUGUUGCUGCUGCUGUGGGUCCUGGUGACCAGCCGGGGGCCUCAAGCGGCGGGAUGCUUAUGGCGGUUGGUGCGGGCGGCAGCGGCGGCAACAGCAGCAGCACGCUGGGUGCUGCCGGUGGUGUGGCGGAGGUCAGCAGGGCGAGUAGCAGCAACGCCUUGGGUGCUGGGUCUGGGUCGGCUGGGAUGUUACCGGGGCGGAACGGGUCCGAUGUGGAUCCCGCUGUGGCCUGGUACACUCGGGCACUGCACCGGCAGAUCACCGCGGCCGCGGCAGCAGCGCAGGCGGCCACUGGGGCAGCACCCAAGGCGCAUUUGGCUUGAGGAUGAUGACGACGGGGGCUUAUGUCGCGUUGUAGGCCCCUGUGACUGUGUUUGUUUGGGGUUGACGUGGCGGUCUGGCGAUACUUUGCUGGGUUCGCUGCCGGUGCUUUUCGGACGCCUGACCCUUGUCGGCUGAAGGUGGAGAUGUAUAAUGGAUGAGGCCAUGGACGCAUUGCACAUGUUUUUUAUAACAGUCACGCAGGUGCGCUGUUUGCUUGUAUGGGGUGCACCGCUCUUGUGGACGCACUGGUUGCUAUCGUGACACACACACGUUGCAUAGGCAAAUUCGUGAUUAUAGUUCUCGUGCCUAGGCGUGUUUGGAGUGCAAAGCACGGUUACAGACAAUGCAAAGGGAUGGAAGCGCAUGGCAGAAGGGGUAUGAGGAUGCACCGGCGGGACUCAAUUGGCGUUGUCAACGGAUAUCUUUUGGCGUGUGCGGGCGGGUAUGCGCUGUAACGGCCGUUUAAA